AUGCUGGCGGUCGGAGGCGGCGUUUGAAUGAAGCGGCACUUGGAGCUGCAGCGCCACACCAGAGGAGCUGGCGAGGAAAACAGAACCCGGAGGCCCGUUACCAGCACAAGUAAAUUGUAACCGUAAAGCUAUAUUUAAGAAAUGGGUGUAGAAGGUCAGUUGGAUUCCAACGUUACGGAUCCGGAUCACACACGGGAUACCUUCCAGGAGAUGGACCCAGUACUGACCAGCAAUGUUCUGCUGGUACCCUGUGUGAUCCUGGCCGCAGCGGGGCUUUUCUACCUCUACGGUGCGAUCACAAGUCUGCUGUCCAAAACGUCAGUACGCAACAAGGUGGUGGUGAUAAGUGAAGCUCUAUCCGGCCUUGGGAAAGAGUGUGCGAGUGUGUUUCACAAGGGAGGAGCGAGGCUGAUCCUGUGUGGGAAAAACUGGGAGAAACUUGAGGGGCUCGCUGACGAUUUGGCGAGUGCUUCGGACCCGACGUUAACCUUCCCCCCUAAGCUGGUGCUGCUGGACUUCGGUGACAUGGACAGCAUGCCCGAGGUGACUGCAGAGAUCCUGGAUUGCUACGGCUGCCUGGACGUUCUCAUCCUCAACAGCAGUCUGAAGGUCAAGGCCCCUGCGCAGAGCCUGUCUCUGGAGAUGGACAAGUUGGUGAUGGACAACAACUACUUCGGACCUGUCACACUUGUGAAAGGCGUGCUGCCCUCCAUGAUGUCCAGGAGGACAGGUCACCUGCUGCUGGUCAACAGCAUCCAAGGAAAGCUAGCCGUGCCCUUCCGUACCACAUACGCCGCCUCCAAGCACGCAGUGCAGGCCUUCUUCGACUGCUUGAGGGCCGAGGUGCAGGAAUACGGCAUCUCUGUCAGCACCGUGAGCCACACCUACAUCAGCGGCUCAGCGCCUGAAAAGGCUGCCCCCUCCAAGUCCCUCUGGUCGUUUUUCUACAGUAGGAAACCGCUGGGUGUGACCCCUGACGAGGCCGCCGCUGAAAUUGUGAAGACGUUAAGCAACAAGACGAAAGAGGUUGUGAUCGCGCCGUCCCUCCCCAAGGUGGCCAUCUACGCCAGGUCCUUCUUCCCUAAUGUUUUCUUUGCGGUGAUGGCCGCAGGAGUAAAGGGUGCUGCUGCUGUCGAAGGAGUGUAGCUGCUGUAUCUAUUGUCGUGUAUCUAUUGUCGUGUAUCUAUUAUGGCCUGGCACAUAUUCUGGGCACAGUGCUCCUGGAAUGAGAUUUGCCAGCUCCAAAGGUGUUAUUGGAAGUAAAAGAAAAUGUUGGAAAUUAGAACAGAA